GCGCAUCCGCGCCCGAAAUAGAAGGCAACGACAGCCGGGGGGGAUCGGCCGGAUUCGUUCACCCGCACGUACAUUGUUCACCAUCAUUCCACUGCGGGCCCCGUGUUUAUGUUAAACGAUUCGGUGUACACCGCGAGCGAUUCGGGGCUCGACUUGGAGCGAGCACGACGAGUAACUCGGCCAGCACGCGAGUCCCCGCUCGAGCCCGUCCGUAUUGUUUUAUUAUUAAUAAGAGAAACUCGGCGGCGGUUCGCUCGUCCGAUGUGUCCGUCACGGCGGUGAAACUCCAGGCGGACGAACGACGACGACGACGACGACGAGGAUAACCCCUACUCCACAAUUUGACGCCCCUUCUACGGGUCCUAAAGCGCCGAUCGGGACUACGAGGCCUCGUACGGGCACGUGAGAGCCGUUAGCGGCGGCUGUGCUUUCCGGCGGGGGACCCGCGAUCGGCUUCAGCUUCGCGCCGUACGAUGGCCGAGUCCAGCGACUUGGAUCGGCAAAUCGAGCAGCUGAAGAAGUGCGAGAUCAUCAAGGAGGCCGAGGUGAAAGCCCUGUGCGCGAAGGCGCGAGAGAUCCUCAUAGAGGAGAGCAACGUGCAGCGCGUUGACUCGCCUGUCACGGUUUGUGGGGACAUCCAUGGCCAGUUUUACGAUUUGAAGGAGCUGUUCAAAGUAGGCGGAGAUGUGCCAGAGACAAAUUACCUUUUUAUGGGAGAUUUUGUAGACAGAGGUUUUUAUAGCGUCGAAACGUUUCUUCUUCUACUUGCGUUAAAGGUUCGUUAUCCCGACAGAAUCACGUUGAUAAGAGGAAAUCAUGAAUCGCGGCAGAUAACGCAAGUUUAUGGCUUUUAUGACGAGUGCUUGCGCAAAUACGGCAGUAUAACAGUAUGGCGGUACUGCACAGAGAUAUUUGACUAUUUAUCGUUAUCUGCCAUUAUUGACGGCAAGAUCUUUUGUGUUCACGGUGGAUUAUCGCCUAGUAUCCAGACAUUAGAUCAAAUCCGGACUAUUGACAGAAAGCAAGAAGUUCCUCACGAUGGGCCGAUGUGCGAUUUGCUAUGGUCAGAUCCCGAAGACACCCAAGGCUGGGGUGUGUCGCCGCGCGGCGCCGGCUAUCUCUUCGGCAGCGAUGUGGUGGCGCAGUUCAACUCCGCUAACGAUAUCGAUAUGAUUUGCCGAGCCCACCAGUUAGUAAUGGAAGGCUACAAAUGGCACUUUAACGAGACUGUAUUGACCGUCUGGUCUGCGCCAAAUUAUUGUUACAGAUGUGGCAACGUAGCCGCAAUACUGGAACUGAACGAGCAUUUGCAGAGAGACUUUACGAUAUUUGAAGCGGCGCCGCAGGAAAGCCGCGGAAUACCAAGCAAGAAGCCACAAGCGGAUUACUUUUUAUAAACGAGCCAUUAUAGAGUACAAAAGAAUUCAUCAGCAUCAUGUCAGAUUGACUUGGGGAAUCUGUCUCUCUUCUUCUCUUUCCCUCUUUCUCAGAUCAGUUCCCGUUGAUUGCGAAGAAGAGCAACUAAGAAUGAGCGACUGUUUGUGAGAAAGAUAAAUUGCUAUUAUUUUUUAUGGCGACAUGAUUUUUGUGAUUAUGUUGAGUCGUUUAUCGCACAUUCGGACGAAACUGCGACAGUAUGCCUGUAAGAAACUAAUGUAAAAUAAAAUAAAACACCGGUUUAAGCUAAA